UACAGGUUGUCUCGCCUCGGAAGCAUCCGAUCAACAAAGCUGAUGAAUUAUAGCAGUGCACUCACGUGCGUUGUUGAUACUUGGUACGUCGAGGACUUGUGUAUCAUCACUACUAGCACAUCUCCCCCGUCAGCGGACUGGCUCGCUCGAAAAAUGCUUCAAGAAAAUAUGCGUCAUGGAUUGUUUGCUCGACGUGCAUGUUACAUCCUACAUGGCAUGCUGGUCAUGAUUCACAUUGUCCUUUUGAUCUUUUCUUUCCAUCACUUGGAACACCGCAUAACUUUCUCUUUCGCAUCAACAAACAACAUCUGGCCUGUGGUGCUUAGUGCAUCAUUGCAAGCGUUUUAUACUGUACGUAUCAACAAUGUUCACCGUUAUCCUAACAAUACGCCAAUGAUAUGACUAUUCAGAUAUACACGGCUGUUCUGCUCUUCCUUACUCAACGGCUUUCGAUUUCGAGAACACUCGUACGUCGUGUAAAACUGACUGCCAUUCACGAUAUUUCUGGCGCAUGGGCAGGCCUUGGCUCUGCACUCAACAGUGUUUGGCGACAAACUGACACCCCCGCCUCCUGGUGGACGACUUCUGCUGUGGCAGUCUACCUUACAAGCAUUACCGUGCUACAUGUCACUUCCUCCACUCUCCUACAAUUCCAAACCUUCGACUUGAAUUUUGGUGGUUAUGAUCUUAUGGCCACAACACUAGGAUGGCCAGACGAUUCAUCGUACGGCAAUUCCACAAACUUGGGGCCCAUUGCUUCAUCCCUACCAGUGGUCAAUGAUUUGACUGGACUGGCGUCUGCAGGAUUAUUAAACAUCACACUCUACGACGUCAUUCCUGGGCCACCACUGUAUGAUACAAUGGGAUUUGUGUCUGUGAACACAACAACAUUAACCUCGAGUUGUGGAUUGAUUCCAAAUGUGACAUAUUCUGCAAAUACCAGCACGGCAAGCUUUCCGACCGGGCCUGAUUCUUUUGUACUUAACGCAACCGUUCCGAGUCUUUGUUCGUAGUUAUGGUUAAGGUGAUAUUUUAUUGCGCUGAAAGUGUUUAUAGUGCCAGACCAGAUAUAUAUGAUUCCAUGGACUGAAUAUGAAGGUUUUGAUGGUGGCUCGG